CUCCACUGCCCAUCAAAACCAGCGCCCCAAAAGCCCUAGUGUCUCUCUUUGUUCUUCAUUUUAACCCGCCGUUUCACAACCCAAAAACCCCAAGCUAACAGCAAUGGUGUCGGGGUCUGGGAUCUGCGCGAAGAGAGUGGUGGUGGACGCACGGCACCACAUGCUGGGCCGCCUGGCCUCAGUCCUGGCCAAGGAGCUCUUGAAUGGACAGAAAGUUGUGGUUGUUAGAUGCGAAGAGAUUUGCAUCUCCGGUGGGCUCGUUAGGCAGAAGAUGAAGUACAUGAGGUUCUUGAGGAAGAGAAUGAACACUAAGCCGUCUCAUGGUCCUAUUCACUUCAGGGCUCCGGCUAAGAUCCUUUGGCGCACCAUUCGGGGAAUGAUUCCUCACAAGACCAAGCGUGGAGCUGCUGCUCUAACCCGAUUCAAGGCUUAUGAGGGAAUUCCACCUCCUUAUGAUAAGAUGAAGAGGAUGGUCAUCCCUGAUGCUCUAAAGGUUUUGAGGCUUCAGAAAGGACACAAGUACUGCUUAUUAGGCAGACUCUCAUCAGAAGUUGGAUGGAACCACUAUGACACCAUUAAGGAGCUUGAGAGGAAGAGAAAGGAGAGGGCCCAGGUAGCAUAUGAGAGGAAGAAGCAAUUGAUCAAACUGAGGGUGAAAGCUGAGAAGGUUGCUGAGGAGAAGCUUGGUCCCCAGUUAGAAAUCAUUGCUCCAAUUAAGUAUUGAUAAUGAUUAAUGUUUUUGAAAUGUCAUAUUUUAGAAUAGUUUGUUGUCCUUAUAUAUUUAUUAGUUUGUUAAAGAUUAAUCUUAAGGAUUUUUUAUCAAUUUAUUAUUUACCUUUCAA